CUCCAAGGCCCAGGCUACGGCCAAAAUGCACAUCGAACAUUCAGCUACAGCUGAUAAAGGUCUUAAGAUGAAAAUAAAGCGCACGAAGCCCGGCACCAAAACGUCAGAAGCCAAACACGAGAUUGUUAAAUCUAACGAGCAAAACGGUAUUGUCGACCAGACCGAUAUGAAAGGCGUUCCCAAACACGGCGGUCCACCAACGGGUCCCGGUUCCAACGUGUUGAACCCAGCUGCAGCAGCGGCUGCCGCAGCGGCGGCAAACACCAAACGAGGCUCAAGCGGUCAUCGACGGGACAAAAUAAGAGACAAACACAGUUCCUCGUCGUCGAACUCCUCGAAUUCGUCAUCGACUUCAUCAUCGUCGACGUCAUCUUCGUCGAGUGAUAAGUCUACCCCGAAAGCGACGCCCACCGGACAACCAGGUGCCGCUUCUAGUGCUGUGAAUGUGUCCGUGACCGAAAUGAACGGUAUGAUGCGAGUGAGUGCACCUCAAACGGGUCCGCCGCGAUCGGUAUUUCCGGCGAGUACGGGUCCCGGACCGCCGCAAGCCUCCUCCGUUACUGGUGGUCCGUCUCCUGCCGGUCCGUCGCCUAGUCCUGCUGCAGCCACUGCCCCAGGUUCCGCUUCUAAACCGGAACAAGCGAAAGUGAUGUCCACAAAUUCUACUACCGGCACUGCUUCUGGUGGCGCCGUUGGUGUUCAGGUGCAAUCUUCAAAUUCGACGGGUACGGAUGAUGGAAGUUCGUCGCCGCCUCCAGCUAAGAAAACAAAAACUGAGCCAAGGGACGUGGCUGAUGUAUGUGUGGGUACUAGUGUUGGUACAAUUACUGAACCAGAUUGUCUGGGUCCUUGCGAACCGGGAACCAGCGUGACGCUGGAGGGCAUAGUCUGGCAUGAAACCGAAGGGGGCGUUCUUGUCGUAAACGUAACGUGGAGAGGGAAAACAUAUGUAGGAACUCUUCUAGACUGCACCAGACACGACUGGGCUCCACCUAGAUUCUGUGAUUCUCCCACAAGUGACCUAGAUAAUAGGACACCAAAAGGAAGGGAAACCCGAUCAUCAGUGCACAGUAAGUUGCGAAAUGGUGGCGGUGGGGCUGGUGGCAAUGCUGGGGCCAAAGGCAGGCGAGGCGGAGCUGCAAACGGUUCGGGACCGUCCACGGCACCUUCGUCGCCGACACCAUUCGUUCCACCACGGCCCGAUGCAGCGAACAAACGGAAGAGCAGAGCUGGAGAAGAAGAGACUACACCCCAACCCGGCGGAGCUGUCAAGAAACCCAAGGCUUCACCGGCUCCCGUCGUUACGGCACCUCCAGCACCUUGUACGAGUCCUCCUCCAUCGCCAGUGUUACUGGAGUGUCCCGAACCAAAUUGCUCGAAGAAGUACAAGCAUAUCAAUGGCUUGAAAUAUCAUCAGUCGCAUGCCCACGGCCAUGGGUCCGUUGACGACGAAGACACAAAGGACGUUACGUCGAUGUCAGAGAAUGAUGAAUCGAACAUCGAAGCUCCUAGUCCGAGUAUGGUAGCCGUUAAAUCACCAGAUAAAAGUCAAGAAAGUCCGUUGACACCUCCACAGCAACAGAAGAAAGAAGAACUUCCAUUACUUCUAAGAGGCUCCAAUCUGCUGGAGGUACCUAGCCAACCAGGUACUCCGCGUAGCACACCACCUUCACCAGCUACCCCUCAAAGCAUACAGGAAUUACCACCGGUAGCUAGCUCACCUACUGUGCCUAUCGUUGAGCCACCCAAAAGUGUCGUCAAGCCAGGAGUGUUGAGGUAUACUUCUCCUGAUGAGUAUCCAGUUGGUGUUGGUUUAUUCUCUGGAAAUAAACCGCAAGUGCAGGGGACGCCAAUAUCAAAUGCUGGUCCGUUAUCAACAGCAAGACCUACUACAGUACCCUUAGAACAGCCUGUUGUUCAACCUGAGCCACCAACUCAACCACAGUCAUUUACUAACCAGUUACAAUCGCAAGUAGCACUAUCUUCACCACAAUUCACACAACCGCCCUCAAUAAUCAUACCUUCCCAAAACCCUAGCAACACUACUGGACAACCAUUAUCACCUCAUAUGCCGCAGAGCCCCAAGAUCGCUCAGUUCAAGGUUAAACCGACAUCGUCAUUAAUGCCCGACGAGAAGAAACAGCAAAGCUUGAAUCAAAGUUGCCCCAAGACUCCAAAUUUCACAAAAAAGAAGAAUAGAAAAUCUCCAGCCGGCAGUCCUCAUCCACCUCAAUCCGAACAACCUGUUUUUGGCUCUGAACAGAGUGGCCGUGAAGAAGUACAAAGUCCAGCAUAUUCAGACAUCUCAGAUGAUGGAGCGCCUGUUAUAGAAACGGAAAUGCCCGAUAAGAACAAAACUCAAGAUAAGAAAGCUGAUCCCAGUCAACCGUUGCCUCAUAUGGCCCAGUAUGGUAUGUACCAUCCGUUCUAUGGACAACAUCAUCAAUAUUUAGUACCGCCUGCCCAAGAAAAUAAACCCAAGGAACCAGAAAAGCAACCAGAAAAAGUUGUAGAAAAAGAAACCAAGAAAGAGGGAAACGAAUAUCCCUCAAAGGUUCUACAACAACAUUAUUAUCCAUAUGGUUAUGUUCCUGGAUAUGCCUACAAUAUGGAUUCAAAUUACGGUGGUGUUCAAAUGGUCCAAGAUGACAAAAUAAAAGAAGAAAGAUUAAAAGAAAACCCAAGUCCUAUCGAGCAAAAUGUCAAACAGCCAACCCCUAUCCCUAACCCGAUACAAGUCCCAACUCCUGGCAAAGUCAAAGAUCCAAAUAUUAAAGACAAGCAUCAAAACGAAAACCAUCAAAUCCUAAAGGAAAGUAUAGAAAUUAAAAAUCAAAUGAAUCCAUACUUGUACUCCAGGCAACCACAACAACAACAGCAACAACAACAGCAGAUGUCACAACAACAACAACAACAGCAGCAGCAGCAACAACAACAGGCACAACAACAGGCGCAGCAGCAAGCACAACAGCAGGCUCAACAACAAGCCCAACAACAGGCGCAGCAACAAAGUCAACAGCAGCAGCAACAAAGUCAUCACAGUCAACGGGAAGAAGAAGUGCGAAGGUUUUACGUGUAUUCAGAUCAGAGGCGCAAAGAAUCUCAGCCUAUGCCUGAACAUAAAUCAAGUUCUACUCCUAAUAAGGUUCAAAUGCCUCAGAGUCCAAGUAUAAAACCAAAAGAGAUAAAAAUGGAAGAAAAGAAAGAAAAAGAAAUCAAACAAGAGGGUGUGAAACCGACAAUGGAGACCCAAGGUCCACCGCCUCCGCCCACUUCUCAGUACGCUUACAUUCACCCUAGUUAUAUGCAGCAAGCGCACUACGGAGCGCUACCUUUUGAUCCCAAUCACCCCAUGUAUAGGGGCAUCAUGGUACCAGGUCCGUAUAGUGGAAGUCCAUAUUUGCAUCCGCCUAUACAAAGGUACCAUGCUCCUGAAGACUUGUCUCGAGCUCCACCUCCGACUAAAGCUCUCGACAUGCUGCAGCAUCACGCUCAAUACUACUCUUCCCAUAAAAUCCACGAACUCCAGGAACGAGCUAUAAAGUCGCCGACACCGAAAACUUCCAUGGCGAGUUCUAGUCCAUCGACGAAUAAUCCCGUUAGCGGAGCAGGAGGUGGGGGAGGCGGCGGUCCACCACCUCCCGGUCCACCAUCUGCCCAAGUACAGAUGAACGCCCCACCGACCUCUCAGCCAGGUGGUGUAGCACCAACGAGUGGCAAGCAAACACCCGGCGAAGGAAAGGAAUCGAGAUCUCCGCCUCCACAGAGGCACGUACAUACACACCACCAUACACACGUUGGACUUGGAUAUCCAAUGUACCCCGCCCCUUACGGAGCUGCAGUGUUAGCUAGUCAGCAGGCAGCAGCCGUGACAGUGAUUAACCCCUACCCGACUAAAUGAGUGUCCCCGUGCUCCCCCAAAUACCAGACUGAUAAGAAAGGAGCAGUGUUGUAGUGACUUUGCAUUCCAUAAUUUUUCGUCUCUUUUAUCGAGUAAUGUGUGACACUGUUCUUCGUUUUGAUCCCCAUUGACUUGAUUUAAUUCGUAAGAGAACAUAUAUAGCAUAUAAAAGAGCGGGAAUAUUUUUUUGACGAAGAUAAUAUUUUUAGUUUAGUGGAAGGAUGGAAAAACGUUUUUAGGGUAAAAAAGUAACAAAAAAAAACAUACCUGUAAAUAUUAAUUGCUUUUUGUUUAAAUUUAUUUAUUAAAUACCCAGUGUUUCUAUUUGUCGUAGAUGGUUUUACUAAUACGAUGUUUCGAAUUCUCAACCUUUUAAUAACGCAAAAAAUAUUUCGUCUUCGUUGAACAAAUCGUAUCCCAUACAAACAGCUGUACUGCUAUUGGAUGCAGACUAGUUGUAUAUUAACUAAUUACUAAUGAAUGUAUAUAGUGUAAAGGCGUACUGUCUUUGGAAAGUCAUGUUUAGAUGAAGUACUUGUAGUAGACUGAUAUAUGAUACUUGACCUAUUACAAAUCGAGAUUUGGCAAUGUCGUUCAUUUAUGGUUAAAUAAUUUUUAGCAAUUUUGAUACUUUUUGGGGAAAUUGUUUUUAUACAACCAGCAGUAACUGUUUUUGGGUUCAUGUUCAUGUUAUAUUGCAAUGGUACUUUUUUGUCAGCAGGUGAAUAAUAUACAACUUUUAAGAUCCGUAUAUGUGCUAAAAUCAGUAUUUAGAAUGAUAUUAGGGCAUGAAAUGCAUCGUUUUGAUUACCAAACUCUUUUGAAGCAACGGUUACCACUGCUUCAAAUAAAACAAAAUUCUUCUAUUAAAAAAACAGUCAUUAGUGUUAAUUUUUUUAACACCAUGGUCGAAAGUUUGACAUUGCACAUUUUAUCUACAGAUUCUCAGAAGAGUUACAAGUACUUUCAGAUAUUUGUUUAGAACUGCAAACUUCAAGUGCUUCCACCCCGUACAAUGCGAUUUUGAGAUCAGUAAAAUCCAUUCUUUACUGUUAACUCUUUAAGUACCAAUACAACUGACUUACUUAUGUGUGUUAUUUUAUAUAAACACUUGGAACAAAAGCAUUUGGUGACUUCGUAAUGAUUUCUCAUGUUAGUCAGAAGUUUAGUCUGACCAUAGCAUUAGUUUUCGUGAUAAGUAUUUAAUUCUUGAGAUAUUGCUGAAUAAAUCUGGAAAAUGGCAUAAAUGUCAAUUUUUUCUAAAUUCCAACACAAUUUUCUGGUCAAUUUGAUAACGCUAAUUACGAAUCUGUGGAGAUUUUUGUGAAUCAGCACCUAUAUACCAAGACAUCGACAAUUAACUUCACACCACACCAACAAGAAUUAUUAAAGACUUUCAACCCUCGGCCUUAGCGAGGAUCCUCCUCUUGUUGUCCUAUUUCGGCCUGCCGUUCGGUGAUAGUCCUAACCCCAGCGAGGUGCUACUCGUUCAGUUGCGAGUUCCCUGGGGGCAGUUCCCUGGUAAAUUUGUGGAUCCAUAUCCACUAUCACUUAUCCCUCAUUUUCUCCACCAUUUCAUUUACGGAAUUAAAUAUUCUAUAGGUACUCUCCUUUCCUAACCUUUUUUUGUAUCACAUCGUGUAUUUUGACAUCGUGUGUAUCACAUUGUCCGAAUGACCACAGUUAAGGCACUGGCCUGACUCUGCCUUCCUGUAUCUGAAAAGGUAACUACGGAAGCAGCCAUGACCUGUGUGUACCCAUGUAAGGUAAUAAUCCGUCUGUCUAUAAUCUGUCUAUGCCCACAGUCUACUCAGCUUUGCAAAUUCGGGAUUAAUGACUGCGCCACAUCACUUGUUACCUACCUCUUUUCCUGCCACUUGGCGAUCGAAACAGAUCUCCCAGCCAGCCUACACCUCACCAAUGUACUGCUCACUUGGCCGUCACCUGGUCAACACAUGUAAGGGAACACCGAUAUUAAACACCUAAUCUAAACUGAUCUAUCUCAAUUAAUCCUUUAAUUGAGGAACUUGAACAUCAUUAUUUUUGUGACUAAUCAACGUUGAUUCUGUUGGUCUCUCGUUGCCUAGAAGCCGUAUCUUACAGAUUCCAGCGUCAUCAAAUUAAUCAGAAUAUGCACUUUUAGAACAAGAUUCAUUUUGUAGAUACUUUCAAAAAGGUAGGUAAGUCUUCAACCUUCAUCGAUGAUACCUCAGCAACUAAACAUUUCCGCUGAAAAAAUGUCAUUUUGUCAUCCAGUACUUGAUUUCUGAAAAGGAUCUUAAAAAUACGUCGCUACAUUCAAGAUGCCCUAACAUUUCUUGUUACCUUAUAUCAAAUAUCUUGGAAUUUUUAUUUGGAUUUGAAUUUUAGUUUCCAGAUUGGAAGAAUUUUUUUGUUUUGAAAAUUUUUACUAUAUAAGAACCUAAGCUGAUGUUAAAGGAGUAACAUUUUCGAAUUGUGGUAGUUUUGUAAGGUUCAACCUUCCACUCUAUGUAAAAUUGUAGGAAAGGUGUAGCUCUGAACAACUUUCUAAUUCAAUCUUUGUAACUUUUAUUUUUCCUUAUUUAAAACUACAGUAUUGUGAUCUUAUUAAAGCAAAAGAUAGAAAAUUCAAUUCUCUAUGUAUUUGUAACUAUUCGUUUGCUUAGCAAGAAUUUAAGAUUUUUUUGGGACAGAUUUUGUUUGAACCUUCCUAAAAUCGCGAACUGUAAAUGUAAACGCCAUUGCCAAUUCUCUGUAUAUGAGAUACUGUGUAUUUUUUAAUGUAAACUGUCUUCUUUUAUUAUGGAAAAUUACGAGACCUAGACUUAUAAUACCGUUUAAUUUUUUAUUAAGAGCUUCAUUCCAGUUUUAGUGGGAUGUUUGUAUAAUUAUUACAAAAUUUUUUUCUCUCUUAAUAAAUGUGGUCUGUACAUCUUGUAAUGUUCUGUAAAUAUGCCAUGACAUUUGCAUCUUAUAAGACUUUGCUUAUAAAAUAAAUGUUUCUU